CAGGCUUCAAAUGUCCUGGGUUAAAAAGCAGACAAUAUAAGGCACAGCAUUCAAAUUACGACUGGUUUGUUUUUGUCUUCAGGGAAGGUUAUGACGCUAAACUUGUGUCCUCAUGGUUUUGUUUAUAAGAGUUCAUGUACCGGCCGACCGGAAGCGCUCAUAUUUUGAGUCGCUGCCCCCUGCUGGAGAAAAUGCUUUAUAGAUUUCGGUAAAACAAGCUGCCCCCUACUGGAAGGAGUGUUUAUUACAGUCAAAAUCCGCGGAUAACAGGUCAUAAAUAAUAUAAAGAAAAUGAAAUGGUGUUAAAUAUAAUAUGUUAAAUGCUUGUUUUUUGUUGUCCAAAAUUGAAUCAAACACCAAGAUUAUUUCAAAAUAAAUCAAACUAUUAAAAUGUUUAGACAAACCAUUAACUUCAGUGCAGUUUAGUUUAUUUUGAAGAGUUUUUUUUAGUUUGUAUUUUUCUUGUUGGAUGAUUUGUAAAUCCCAACAGUACAGGCUGUACAGAAUCUAAAUAUAUCCACCAGAGCUAUUUAGGUUUUAAAAAAGAUUUUCUACAUUUAGCCUUUAUUAUCAUAUUUUCUUGACUCUUGUAUUACCCAUAAAACAUUGGAUGUAAGAAUUUCCUUUAUAUGUAAACUUUGAUGUAGAGGAGAUUAUGUUGGGGCACAUAUUUUUCAGGAGUUAGCCUUCAUUCCCUAGUCCCACUUAAAGGAACUUUUGUUUUAGCACUCCAAGGCAUUUUGGUUACUUGAACGCACCAACAUUCAGAGGACAGCUUAAGGAUGACCCUUGAUAUUCAAAGAAGACUGAACACAAACCUAUGAAACAACCGCCCCAUUCCAACCGGGGACACCGGGAGAGGAACGGAGAGCAGAGGCGGCCCCGGGAAAACAGGCAGUCCACUCCGGACAGCUCUUACACUGCCCCCCGUUACAGCCCCCGAGAAUCCGAGCCCCCUUCCAGGUAUUCGAGGGACGCUCCCCGGGUGGAGCACCAGGACUCCAAAUGUACCAACAUCUGUUCCCGGAGAGGCAUCGUGCUGAUCUGCUCCGUCCUGACCAACGCCCUCGUCCUGAUMUGCGUGGUCUCGGCCCAGCUGGUGAUGUCAGGCUUGUCAUCGAUGGGCGGCGUGGGCGGCAUCAGCAUCGACAGCAGCUUCAACUUACAGGGCACCGAGCUGCAGGAGGUGCGACGGCUGGACAUGGAGUACAGCCAGAUGAGGGCGCCCUGUAUCUACGGCGGCAUAGCCUUCAGCCUGACCUUCGGGGUCGUCUCACUGGUGUUCGUGGUCGCCGGGAACAAACGCGCCCACCACUUGAAUCAGAAGCUGUUGGUGGGGGCGUUGGCUUUCCAGGCAGUGGGUGCCGUGGGCUACGUGGUCGCCGUGGGCCUCUACCUGCACUUUGUCAUCCAGGUCAACUCCACRGACGUGUGCAAGCGGCGACAGAUUAUAUACUCGCGGAACGGCUACACCUGGAUGAAUUGCGACGUGAGCGGGGCUGACGCAGCCGUGGCGCUGUUCGGGCUGAUCACCGCCAUCCUGUACACCGCYGGGACCGUGCUCACGGUCCAGACAAUCAGGGGAGUGAAGCGCUACCAACGGGAGAAGAAGAGGCGACAUGCGGAGAAACAGGAGGGUCAGGGGAACCACMGCAGRGCCCCGCUGAGGGCAGACACGACGUCAGUGUGAGGCUGAAGGUGUUCAACCAGCYGGGUUCAGAUCGGAGCCGAUCCGGAGAGGAGGACCGGUUUAUAACGARAGCUUAAGCUGAUCACCAAAAAUUGACUCCUGACACGGAUGUGUUCACAGUAAGAUGACGUAGUUCAUCAUCCGGCAGAAACCGAUGAGUCACACAUUACUGACAUUCAACCCAACACUGAUCAAAGUUGCAGUCGACUCCUYUUUCUGWUUAAGGAAUCCAGUCGUUCAGGACAAGUGUCUAAUUUUAAGAUUACCAACACCAUCASAGUUUUCAGCUUAUUUGACUGCAUAGAAUCAGCUGCAGAAUGACUUCCUGUUUUUUCUACCAAUCACAGUAAAGGAAGUAUGGAUGUAAUGUAAACUCUUGGAGCCAUGUGAUUUACAACAAAUACAAAGAACAAGCAGGAAUCAAUCGUGAAGCGAAAURGGACGUUUACUUUAACUGCUUGUUUUUCCACCCGUUGCCACUUUUAACUUUCAGAUUCUUUAUUAAACUCAGGAAAUAGUGUAGAUAAGUUUUUAUAUUCUGUAAAUACCUCUAGUAAUUGUAAAUCAUGUUUCUUAUUUUGUUUGUUUCUCAGUGCUUGAAAUUCUUGCAGUUGUGGUGUUUGACAUUUUUUAUCACUUUACCCAGAUAAUGAKCUUACGGAUCACUGGCCUUGUUUUUAAUGUGAUGGCAGUUAAAUAAUUUGUUUUUACAUCACAGAUUUAUCCUUUUGUGCUUUCUGUAAACUAAAACUAUCAGUUGAAAUUAAAAUUGACUUGAUUUAAA